UGUAUAAAAUUUCUAGUUGACUAGUUUUUAAUAUUUGAAAUUGAAAAAACUUACAAAUAUUACUAAAAACUGAUAUAUUAUAAACUUAUUUGUUUAUAAUUUUUACAUUUGAUAAAUUGUAUUGUGGAAAUUCAAUAAUGUAUAGGUUUAAUUCUUGUUUACUUUUCUAAUGUGUGGAAUAAGUAAUAAAUUUAAGAAUAUGUAUAAAACCUCAUACUUCAUUACAACUCCUAUAUUUUAUGUAAAUGCCAAUCCUCACAUUGGACAUCUUUACAGUGCUUUAAUUGCUGAUGCUUCUGCAAGAUUUCAAAAACUUUGUAAUCCAAGUAUUAAUGUUAUUUUUAGUACAGGUACUGAUGAGCAUGGACUUAAAGUUCAAAGGGCAGCUGAAGCCAACAAAGUGUCAGUUGAAAAUUAUUGCCAAAACAUUUCAAAUUAUUAUGAGACAACAUUUAGAAAAUUCAAUAUUAGUCAUUCUUCAUUUAUUAGAACUACAUCAAAAAAACACAAUGUUUCAGUACAGCAUUUUUGGAAAAGAUUGCAACCCCAUAUAAAAAAAGGUAAAUAUAACGGAUGGUAUUGUACAGCUGAUGAAACUUUUUUAUCGGAAGACCAAAUAGAAAUUAUUAAUGGAAUGCGUGUAAGUAAAGAAUCAGGAAGGCCUGUUGAAUGGACUGAAGAAGAUAAUUAUAAAUUUGAUUUGCGCCCUUUUAAAGAAAAACUGGUUGAUUGGUUAAAUCACCAAGAAAGAAUAAAACCGAAAAUAUUUCAUGACAUUCUAUUAAGAGAAAUUAAUUAUUUGUAUGAAAUUUCAUUAUCGCGACCAAAACAUCGUGUAAAUUGGGGUUUAACAGUACCUGGCGAUGAUACUCAAACUAUUUAUGUAUGGUUAGAUGCUCUUGUUAAUUAUUUAACAAUUUCUGGCUAUCCUGAAAUUAAAAUGUGGCCUCCUGAUGUACAUAUCUGUGGAAAAGAUAUUUUAAAGUUUCAUGGAAUAUAUUGGCCUAUUUUUUUGUUAGCUGCUGGUUUAAAAUUACCAAAACAAAUUUUUGUCCAUUCACAUUGGAAAGUUAAUGAUGAAAAAAUGUCUAAAACCAAAGGAAAUGUUGUUGACCCCAUUGAAGCUAGUCAUCUAUACACAGAGUCUGGAUUGAGAUAUUUUCUUUUAAGAGAAGGAACAGCUCAUAGUGAUGGUAAUUAUAGUGAUUUAAAAAUAAGAAGAAUUCUUAAUGCAGAAUUAGCUGAUACAAUGGGAAAUUUAUUAAACCGCUGUUGUGGGAAAGCGAUAAAUCCUAAUAUGAUAUACCCAGAUUUAGAUUCAAUUGCAAUUGAAAAAUUACUAUUGGACUCUAAAUUUAAGGAAUUAAAUACCAGACUCAAUAUAUUAUCAAAUACUGUAGGGAAUCAUUAUGAGGAAUUGAACUUUUAUAAAGGAAUUGAUGAAAUCAUAGCUACUUUACAGUGCUGCAACAGAUUUUUUGAAUAUAAUAAACCUUGGCAACUAGCUAAAAAUGAUGCCAUUAAAUUAUCAUGUGUGCUACACAUUACAUUAGAAACUUUAAGAAUUUCAGCAUUAGCACUACAACCCAUUAUACCAGCAUUAACCAAUAAAAUUCUAAAUAAAUUGAAUGUAAAAUCUAGAAAUUGGAAUCAUGUGACACCUAGUUGGAUAAAUAAGGAUCAAUAUGAUUGCCCCAAGUAUAUAAAUAAAGAAAAUAAUAUAUUGUUUAAAAAACUAGUAAUAAACUAAAUAAAUGCUAUAAAUUUUAUAGCUUUAUAAUA